AUGUCUCUCGAAGGAAAAGUCGUCCUCAUCACCGGCGGAGCCAAGAACCUGGGUGCCGAAAUUGCCCUAUCCCUAGCCAGCAUUGGCGGCAACCUAGCCCUCCAUUACAACUCACCAUCUACAAAGAACAAUGCCGACGUUUUAGCAAAGACAAUCAGCCAAUCAUUUCCCAAGGUGAAAUAUGAGUUCUAUCAAGGCGAUCUUACCACCAAAGUAGCAGUUGACAACCUGUUUGAAUCGGUGCUCAAGGACUUUGGCAAGGUCGACAUUGUCAUCAACACGAUUGGAAAGGUUCUCAAGAAGUCCAUCGCUGAAAUUUCGGAGGCAGAGUACGACAGCAUGUUUGACGUCAACUCUAAAUCGGCUUUCCUGAUUCUCCAAGCUGGCGCAAAGCAUGUCGAAGACGGCGGGAAAAUCAUCACUAUCGUCACCGCCCUUCUCGCUGCCUUCACUGGGUUCUACACCUCAUAUGCCGGAUCUAAAGCUCCUGUUGAGCAUUUUACCCGUGGCGUUGCCAAAGAGCUCAUGGGACGUCGAAUCAGCGUCAAUGCUGUCGCGCCUGGACCGAUGGAUACACCUUUCUUCUAUCCCCAGGAGGCCGAUGAUGCUGUGGCCUUUCACAAAAGCCAAGCGCUGGAGGGUCGACUGACGGAUGUUAAGGAUAUUGCUCCCCUUGUUAAAUUCCUUGUCACAGAGGGGGGAUGGAUUACGGGGCAGACCAUCUUCGCUAACGGCGGUUAUACUACUCGUUGA